AAUCUUCCCCACAAUACUGCACCAUGGCUGCUGAGCAGGAUACCUGUCACUCUGCCCACUCACGGAGACGUGUUCAAGAAGACUCUCCAGAUGCGUCUGCUGCCGGACCAUCCCGGCGCCGUAGCUCAUCCGCUGCUAGCUCCAACGCGGUCUCGCAAUACGAUGGACCUCAAGACGAUCAAUGGAGGGUGGGAUCGGCGUAUGACUAUGUCAAUCCGGACCUCACGUCAGACUGGAUCAAAUGCGCUAUAUGUCUCUUGCACGAACGCCUGGCACAGAGGUCCCUUCUACGAGCCAUGGGCCGCAACUUCCUCGUGCUCCCACACCUUCUGCCAACAUUGCAUUCGCCAGCAUCAUCAGACUCUAUGCCGAGAUAGUCAAAGAGAUGUAGAAAAUGAGCCACUCCCGUGUCCGUCUUGUCGCACGCCCAACCGCCUCUCAACAUACUCUGCCGCCCAGCCUCUCAUCAGGAAUCUGGUAGACAGCCUCAAGGUGUACUGUCCAGUCAAGACUCGGGGAUGCGACUGGACUGGCGAAAGAGAGUCUGUGGAGCAUCAUCUGGCCAAAGAAUGUGAUUGGGUGUGGGUGGGGGAAUUUGAUGGCGAUGAGCGCUUCGAAGAUCCCACACCUACUGGUGCAGACAUCCCUAUUGACCUCCGCGAAGAGGGUCUGCGGAGGCACAAGGGAAGCCGUUGCCAAUGCGGAGCUAGAGUCAUGAGAAGGGAUUGGGAGAACCACUGCAACAGCGGCUGCUCCGUAAUCUGGCAGCGGUGCGAACACUGCAAGGUUUGGCUGCAGAGCCAGGAAGCGGCGGAGUCUCACAAGGCGACCUGUGACGCAGUACCUAUCGAAUGUCAACACUGCGCUGAGAAUAUGCCAAGAGGAUACUUGGAGACCCACGAGCUUCAAGAUUGCCCCAACAUACCCGUCUCGUGCAGUAUGGCUCACUUUGGCUGCUCUUGGAAAGGUCCGAGGGGCUCCCUGGGACUCGGCGAAGGAAUCUGCGGCCCUCUGGAGCGGAAUUGCCACAACUUGACAUGUCCAUUCCUACCUCUCGCUUCUUACCUGCAAAUAUCCAACCGACGCCUGCAGCUCCUCGAGGCCGAGAAUGCUUCUCUGAAGCUCGAUGCCAGCCGAAGCAAAGCAGCAAUGGAAGCCAACGAGGAGCUACUCAGGAGCUGUGUGGAUGCGCUGGGGACUUGGUGUCAGAGGAGUGGUAGUGUGGAUGAGCGCAGAGCGCGUGGAGCUAUGCCCGAAGUAGAUUCGUCAGCUCGCAGAAUCUCGGAACGGGGCGGGAGGGAGCAUUCGGAAGACUACCUCGCAGGCUGGCCCUACGAUGCGGAAGCCAGCUUCCCUGCUUCUUUAGAAGGCCAGAGAGCUUCCAGAGCCGCAACCUCAGGUCCUCUGCCCUCUUCUGCCCACCGGGGCGGUGAGUCUUCACGCCUCGAGCGUACUAUCAACGAUCUUGUCAACUCCAUCUCAGCUCUCAGCACGCAGGACGCCACACUCACCAGUCUCCUCCAUGAGUCUAGAAGAGAGUCCAUGUAUGCUGGCGUUGAAGUUGCUCGCCUAGCGGAAGAAGUCGCAAGUCUUCGUCAUGGACUCCACAAUGUUGCCAGACACGUUCAGAUGAGGCAGAGUGGCUGGCGUGGUGGAGGGCCCAGCUCAGGGCCGGGCAACGGAAGCGUCAACGGCGAAGAGGCAAAGUCUUCAUCUGCUCCAUUGACGUCUUCUAGUGCGCCGAGCCAGAAGGUCACAGGCGAGGGUACUUUGGAGCUGGGUAUGCCAUCUCUGUUUGAGCCAGGCAGGGGACCGGGAAUGGGUACCUUGCCCUUCCUGCCUCACGGCCCUGCCCUACCGCAUUCACCUUAUUACCAUUCAGGCUACCAAUCCCACGGUAUACCAUAUCCCCCUUCACUUCCGAUGCCCAUGCCGGGGGUACGUCGCUACUGGUCUGGCUUCGAGCAGACGAAGCUGUAAUCUAAACGCGUCUGACUCUGUAAUAUAGCGAGAUUCCCUAAUCGUAAGGAGGGUCA